UGCCACCUGCCAGUGCCCAUCAAUACCACCUGCCAGUGCCAUCAGUGCCUCAUCAAUGCCACAUAUCAGUGCCCGUCUGUGCUGCCUUUCUGUGUCACCUAUCAGUGCCACUCAUCAGUGCCACCUAUCAGUACUGCCAAUCAGUGACACCUAUCAGUGCCAGUCAGUGCCACCUAUCAAUGCCAGUCAGUGCCGCCAAUCAGUGCUAAUCAGUGCUGCCUAUCAGUGCCAGUCAGUGCCGCCUAACAGUGCCAGUCAGUGCCACCUAACAGAGCCAGUCAGUGCCGCCUAUCAGUGCCACCUAUCAGUGCCGCCUAUC